AAAACAUCGACAUACUUCACAUCACCAAAACUAUCGAUCCAUCGCCAUCAUGUCCAACCAGCAAACAGUCCAAACUAAAGGCAUCUACCAUGGCCUGCCAGUCUAUCCUUCUGCGGUCACAGGUCUCACGGCAAUCAUCACCGGCGCAAAUGGGAUAUCGGGAAACUACAUGCUACGGGUCCUUGCUGAAGCUCCGGAGCGAUGGACAAAGAUAUACUGCUUGUCGCGACGCCCACCUGCGAUUCCAGACGGAUUGCCAGCACAGGCCGAGCACAUCGCCCUUGACUUCCUGAAAGAGCCAGAAGAAAUAGCCAAAGUAUUGAAAGAGAAGGGUGUGAAGGCUGAUUACGUGUUCUUCUACAGCUAUGUGCAAGUCAAACCAAAGGAAGGUGGAGGACUGUGGAGCGAUGCAGAGGAGAUGUGCAAGGUAAACAGCGCACUGCUGCGUAACUUUUGCUCCGCCCUUCCUCUCGCUUCAAUCACACCCAAACGUAUCAUGCUGCAGACCGGCGCCAAAAACUACGGUGUUCAUCUUGGGCCUUCAGCCAUUCCACAAGAAGAAAGCGCGCCUCGAGUCACGCUUGAACCCAACUUCUACUACCCACAAGAAGACUUCCUCUGGUCGUUCUGUGCCGAGCAUGGCAUAGACUGGAACAUUUGUAUGCCAGCUGGCAUCCUGGGUGCCGUGCCAGAUGCAGCUAUGAAUCUGGUAUUCCCAUUGGGCGUGUAUGCAACCGUGCAGAAGCAUCUUGGUGAGAAGCUUGAGUUCCCGUCAGACCUGCAGGCCUGGGAAGCCAAUCGGUGCAUGAGCAGUAGCAAGAUGAAUGGUUACAUGGAAGAGUGGGCAGUUUUGACUGAAGCAGCAAAGAAUGAGAAGUUCAACACCAUGGAUGGCACCACUUUCACGUGGGGCAACCACUGGCCCAAGCUUGCCAGAAAUUACGGCAUCGAUCACGAGCUUCCGAGUAUGGAUGACAGCGUGUAUACCGUGGUCAAAAGUAAACAUGACCCACCGCCACGAGGGUUCGGGCCGCCAGCAACAUACCGCAUUCGUUUCAGACUAGUGGACUGGGCGCGGCAAGAGAAGGUACAGAAAGCAUGGGCAGAGCUUACAGCAAAGUACGGUCUCGUUACUGGUGACCUACAGGACAUGGACAUCGAUCGGAUCUUUGGCUUCACAGAUGGGAGUCUCAUGGGCACACCUUUGGAUCUCACAAUGAAUAAAGCGAGGAAGAUGGGGUGGCAUGGAUUUGUUGAUUCGAAUGACGCGAUCAAAGAAGUGCUCAGAGAGUUCGUGAAUCUCAAAAUGUUACCACCGCUGCUCGAUUAG